GCAGAAUUCUGACCAAAAACGCUCCAAUACAUUCCAAUACUCCACGGACUCUACUAAAUCGCAAUACAUAUUUUCUUAACCGUGGAACCUUGCCAGUGACGAGAGUCAUCCUUGAAACGAUGUUCGAACCAGCCUUGUACUCAGCCAACGACAAACAGGUUCGUGAGGAGACCAGCGAAUACAUUGAAGAGUUUUCCGAUGAAAUUGGCCAAAUGUCAGGACGGUGCCUUGAUAUUGGAAGUGGACCCGGCCAUAUAGUAGUCGAUUUACUCCUUCCAAAGUUGAAUCCGAAGUCUACCGUUAUCUGCUCUGACAUUUCCCGACCGAUGUUGGACUACGCUAAAGAAAAAUAUGGCGCGGAAGAGCGAAUAUCUUUCCUCGAGCUGGACAUUGAGUCCCCAACGCUAGUCGAAUAUCUAGGUGAAAAAUUUGAUCACGUCACAUCGUUCUAUUGUUUACAGUUUUGUCAAGACAUGCGCCAAGUCCUCAAGAACAUCUUCGACCUAUUGCAACCUGGAGGUACUGUUCUCUUCACCUCAGUGUGCAAUCAUCCUUGUGAGGACGCUUACAAGAUACUGGCAGCUGUACCUCGAUACAAGCGCUACAUGAUGGAUGUGGACCGUUUCGUUGGGGUAUUUCAGCACGCUGAACGCCCGCGUGAGACUCUGAAAAGUUUGCUUCGAGACGUUGGCUUUGAGGUCUGCCACUGCAGUAACAGACACACGAGUUACAUUUACGACACUCCCGAUGCUCAUACCGGAUUCAUGGCGUCUAUCGACCCCUUCAUGUCCCGCAUGCCGGAUGAACUACAGCGGGAGUACUUGAUAGAUCUGGGCAUAGAAGCAAGAAGGCACACAUUCGUCGUCAACAAGGAUGGGAAUGACGAUUGUAGCAUACUGUCCAGACGCCAUACUUUUGUAGUUUACUUGAAAAAGCCAUUGGUCCACUGAUAGACAGCCAAAUAAUUAAUAAAAGUCGAUAUAUCAAUCAUCGUUCGUGUUCUGAAUUGUUUACGUGUCCUGUUAACCACGUCUUUUUUUUUUAAUUCGAUACGUUGAGAAGAACGUGCGUUAUAUGGUGAAUCUGCAAAUGAAAUAAAGACUUGAAAAGUUGGUCAGCAAAGCUGAUCUCGUACUGUA